AUGCAUAUUGAGAAUAAUUUUUUUGAUAAUGUAUUUAACACAGUGAUGGAUGUCCAAGAAAAGACAAAAGAUAAUGAGAAGGCUAGAAAUGACUUGGAAAUUUUGUGUAAUCGAAAAGACUUGGAGUUAAAACCUCAACCAAAUGGAAAAUUAUUAAAACUCAAUGCUUGUCACACUCUUACUCCCCAAGAAGCAAAAGCAAUUUGUCGAUGGUUAAAUGAGUUGAGGAUGCCCGAUGGUUAUUCUUCUAACUUAGCAAGAUGUGCUGAUGCAAAAAUAGGAAAGCUGCAUGGAAUGAAAAGUCAUGAUUGUCAUGUUUUCAUGGAACGAUUGCUUCCAAUUGCAUUCAGUUCACUUCUUAAGCAUGUUCUUAAUCCACUAAUUGAGAUUAGUCAGUUUUUUAAAGACAUUUGUGCGUCAACUUUACGAGUGGAUGACAUCUUUAAGUUGGACCAAAAUAUUCCCAUCAUUCUCUGCAAGUUAGAGAAAAUAUUUCCCCCAGGUUUCUUUAAUUCUAUAGAGUAUCUCCCUAUGCAUCUUGCUUAUGAAUCUUACCUUGGUGGACCUGUUCAAUAUAUAUGGAUGUAUCCAUUUGAACGAUUCAUGGGUGAUUCAAAGCGAUCAGUGAAAAAUAAGGCUAAAGUUGAGGGAUCAAUAUGUGCAUAUUAUUUGCAUCGAGAAACUUCACAUUUUUGCUCUCAUUAUUUCAAUCAUAUGAUGUUGACUCCGAGAAUCAUAAGGAAUGAAGUUCACUUUAGUGAAAGAAGUCAAUUCACCUUAUCGAAUUUUGGCCGUCCCGGUCGUCCUUCUCGAAAGACAAGUGUGCAUUGGUUGUCUGAAAAAGAAAUGCAAAAUGCUCAUGUUCAUGUUUUGAUUAACUACAUUGAAGUUAAACCAUAUCUUGAGCAAGUAUAUUAA